AACAAUUAAGAUGUGUGAAAAUAGGCGGAAUAACUAAAUGCUCGCCAGGCGGACAUCAACCGAUCGGAGAAACGCUCGCCGGCAGCGGUAAUUGUGGAGCGAUAGAAACGCCAGCGCCAUGCCCAUAGACAUAGACAAAGACGCCCGACGACGACCAAGUGCCAAAAGUGAGAACCGAGCGUGAGCGACUGCCAGGAUCAGGAUCCGAUUCGCAUCCGUUUCCGAAGUCCGGAGUCCAUUCGCUAGUCAACAGAGAUAGAGAGAGAGAGAGAGAAAGAGAGAGGGAGAGUGAUCGAGUGCCAAGCCAAGUUGCAUUUAGAUUGAGCACCGAGCCCGACUGAUCCAGCGACAUGGGCAACAAGAACUCAUGCUGUGCGUACUCCAGUCCGCAGUCGGACCGCAAGUCCAAGGAUCUGCCGCCGGUGUUCGAGGAGCGCCAUCAGCUGUCCCAUCCGCCGCACACGUCGCAGCAUCAGCUGGAUGGGCAUGGCUCUUCGUCGGCGGUGCACCUGCACCACCAUCACCAUCACCAUGGCCAUAAUCAGCAGCAGAAUCAGCCAGGCGGCGGCGGCGGCGGCGGCGGUGACAACUUCGAGAAUCAACAGAAUCUGCAGCACAUCUCCGAGCGGGAGGCGAUGGAGGGCGAGGAGGAUCCGUCGGUGGACCCCACGGCGGCCACCAUGUUCCUGGAGCGAUCCAAGGUGGAGAACGGCGGCAUGACGCGCAAGCGUUCGCAGCAGCAAAUUGCCCAGCAGGCGGGUGGAGGUGGAGGCGGGUGCGGUGGCAGCACUCCCGGUGGCAAUAGUUGCGGCGGAGGCGUUGGCAGCGGCACCGGCGGCGGCAUGAAGAAGAGCUCCUCCUGUUCGACAAUCUAUCUGGAUGACAGCACCGUGUCGCAGCCGAAUCUAAAGAAUACGGUCAAAUGCGUCUCGCUGGCCAUUUACUAUCACAUCAAGAACCGGCAAUCGGACCGGCGGCUGGAUAUCUUCGACGAGAAGCUACAUCCACUGACCCACGACCAGGUGCCGGAGAACUACGACACGCACAAUCCGGAGCACCGCCAGAUCUACAAGUUCGUGCGCACGCUCUUCAACGCCGCCCAGCUGACGGCCGAGUGUGCCAUCAUCACGCUAGUCUACCUGGAGCGGCUGCUCACCUACGCCGAACUGGACGUGGGUCCCUGCAACUGGAAGCGCAUGGUGUUGGGUGCAAUACUGCUCGCCUCGAAGGUGUGGGACGAUCAGGCCGUUUGGAAUGUGGACUACUGCCAGAUACUCAAAGACAUAACCGUGGAGGACAUGAACGAACUGGAGCGCCAGUUCCUCGAGCUGCUGCAGUUCAACAUCAACGUGCCGUCGUCGGUGUACGCGAAAUACUACUUCGAUCUGCGGACGCUCGCGGAGGCCAACGAGCUGAACUUCCCCACGGAGCCGCUGUCCAAGGAGCGGGCCCAGAAACUGGAGGCCAUGUCGCGGGUGAUGCAGGACAAGGUCACCGCCGAGGCGCUCAAGAAUGGUAUCAAGAAGUGGUCCUCCAUGGACAACAUCAGUCAGGGCGGGCCGCGUCGCAGCGUGGCCAUACUAUCGUGAUUUAUAUUAGCCAACUAAAACAGCAGAGGAACCCCAUCAGCAGCAGCAGCAGCAGCAGCAAUGAGUCAAGAGAUCCGUAUUCUGUUCUGUGUGUAGAAGUCCGUAGGUCCGAUCGAUUCUGUAUUUUGAGAACCAUAUAGCUCCGUUUAGCCGCUAAUUCAGAUUCAGGUUUUUAGCCAGCAUCCCCCAUGCCCACAGCUAAAAUAUGUGCAGAAUCACACUCUUAUAUAGAGUAUACACACACACACACACACACACAAAACGUUUUAACCACACGUCUCGAAUUAAGGACCACUUUUUACAUAGAGUAUAUGUACAUGCCAAUGGAUGUAUAUGUCUUGUAAGCGAAACUACCGAUGCAGUCAAGGAUUUUGGGGGGGGAUUUUAAUGAGAUACAGAUGGAGAAAGUACUAUAGCAACGCGUAACCAAUUGCCAAACGAUAGAAAAUCACAGAAAGCGCAAAGAAUUGUUUGUAAAAAGGCUUAAAUAUUGUAAUUGACUCACUUGGCCAACCUGCUGGUAAAUGGCAACUAAUCAAUUUAAUCUCAACGUCAUUCACUUAGCGUUCGCUCCGCGCCCACAACAUAUUUCCCUGUACAUUUGUUACGAAUUUAACUUGUUUACUUUUUUUGACCAAUUUUUCUGAAUACCUUAAUAUGAUUUCGUGUGAUUCUUAUAGUUUCCAUUUAGCUAUAGACGAUGAACGAUAUUCAUUAUUCAUUAUUCGGCUUCAACGCCUCAGGCUUCAGGCACAAACGAAAGGGGGCGCGGCCUGCGGCAAGUUGAUUUGUUUUUUUUUGUAUUGGUUCUUAGCAUUAGAAAAGAAACAAAAGAUGAGCAAGAGUAUGAAAGAGCACAGCGCAAUAUUAACCCAAAAGAUUUGUGAGUAAAUUAAUGUACUAGACAUAUAAGGAUACGAAUUAUAUGCAAAAUGUAUUUUAUUUUGUAAUUUAUUUUACGAUAAAGCUAAAUAAAAGCAAAUCAAAGAAAUAGAGUA